UUCCACCACUUGACCCUUCUCUUUCCUUUGACAUCGUUAAUUUUGCUGCUCUUAAUCCAGAUAUUAUUAAAGAAAAGUCUAAUGUUGCUGUAAUUGAGCGUCUUCCCGACAACGGCCCCGAAAACGACAAAAAUUUAAUUACUGAAAUUGUAAAUUCUUUGGGACUGGGUGACAAAUUGAAUGCAGAAAAAGAAAUGUUUCGACACUCUUCGCGGUCAGGUCAAUCAAUAAAUAAAACAAGGAUACUUAAAAUUCCAUUUUGUGAUGUGAAAAGUCGUGAUAUGUUCAUUCGUUUAUUCUCACAAAAUAAGAAAAAUUUCCCAAAUUUACCACAUAAUGUUUUUGUUAGGCGUGAUUUAACUAGACCCGAAUUACAAUUAUUAUAUACACUUCGUAAAAAUGCAUUUAAUACGAACAAGUUUAUUGGACUGUACAAAUAUGUUGUUGUUGAUUUAAGUAUCAAGACGUUGUCUAACCCCAAGCCAUUCAAAGUUAGUAUGACCUAG